UUAAAAUGUAUAUUAGCAUUGAGACGUUUUGUGUAUAAAAGGAGCUUCAACAAUCCCUGCUUGUACAGUUCUGUAAAAAAUUUGUGUAGACGAAGUGAAAAUGUUAAAUGUGCAAAAUUUUGUAUUCCUUGUGGCAGUUGCCGCUGUUUUUGACUAUGUGUCAACUUGUACACUAUCGGUUGACGGAAUCUCGCCAUUAUUCACGCAGACAUUUGGAUCCAGGGCUAUAGUCUUUAAAGCGCAUAAAAAUAAAGUGAAUUUUGAAGAUUCAGUUAAGGCAUAUUGUAGUGAUGGAGAACUGAAAGUAAAAAUACAAGAGCCCUAUGGAAAUUAUUUCGUAUCUCGAAUCCAAAAUACAGUUGUGUUCGAUUGCUUGAAUAAUGAGAUUAAAAUUAGGGAUGUUGAUUAUAAAAACGUACAUGUUUCAUGCGCAUAUGAAAUAAAAUUCAAACUUUACGAGAGCAGCACAGCUUUACCAAAAUGUGAUGGGUUCAAUAAUUACGCAAUCGGUUUUAAACACGUUGAUGUGGGUGAAGAGAUCAAGGCUGGCAUCUGUUACGAUAUGGACACACUAUCGUUGAAAUUCGCCAUGUAUGUCGCCUCUUCGAUAAAUGUCCGAUUAUUUAAAAAGAAUCAUAACUACAGUGUGUUGCCUGUAAGUCUCGAUUUCGACCUGAAAACCAACGAUUUAAACAACUACUUUGAUCUUAUAAAUAAGAACUCAUUGAAUAGCGCUUUGGCAAACCAAUUUCAAGUCGAAAGCUUAAUACAGGACGAAUCGCUAAGGAGAGAAUUCCAACAUUCGGACACGUUUAAUACUCUAUGGUGGCGUCAAUUACGGGAGGAGAAUUGGCGCUACUUCCUCGAAGCGCUCGACCAACGAACGAAAUCUUCCAAAAGAUCGUAUCUAGUUAGUGUGGGCACUUAUGGCAACAUCAGCUUGCCAUCGGCUACGAAUAAUUGCACUUCACCAAAACCGAAAUUACUAACCGUCAAAACUAGUGACACAGAGGUUUUGGUACCGGCAUAUAUGUGGGCAUACGUGAAAUCACUAGCUACCGAUGAUGUGGAGGAGUUUGUUGUAAUCGGACAUAAUUCACCUUACGCUGAACACCCAGAGCAUAAUCCAUUCUGCGUUGUUGAUAUGUGCGACGAAAUUGAGUGGUUGAACGAAAGCAAAUUCGGCUACUUGCGACGUCUACCAACGCUUGGUUACACUUUCUGCUGUCUCCCAGGCGAGGUCGCCAAUGUUAUCGAUCAUUUUCCUUUUACUGAUAUGGCUGAUAGUGAGACUACACUAAAGACAGUAGAGGAGGUUACCUAUUAUGAUAGAAUAUUAGAAGACGAUUAUUGAAUUAAUUUUGAACUUUGUUAUUUGAGUAAACACAAAUAACUAAAAUGUAUACUCAUUUUACUUAAAUAAAUAUAAUUUCAGUUCAAUA